UCCUCCCGCGUUCAAAUUCUCCUUCCCUUGCCAAUUCUUCUCUCUCUCUCUCUCUCUCUCUCUCUGUCUCAGUGCCAUGGCGGAGCUCGUAGAAACGUACGCCUGCGUACCAUCAACGGAGCGGGGCCGUGGCAUCCUCAUAUCGGGGGACCCGAAAUCGAACGCCAUCCUCUACACAAAUGGCAGAUCCGUAAUUAUCCGCCAUCUCGAUCGCCCCCUCCAAGCCUCCAUCUACGCCGACCAUGCCUACCCCACCACCAUCGCCCGAUUCUCCCCCAACGGCGAGUGGAUCGCCUCCGCUGACGUCUCCGGCACCGUCCGCAUCUGGGGGGUCCACAACGAUCACGUUCUCAAGAACGAGUUCCGCGUCCUCUCCGGCCGCAUCGACGAUCUUCAGUGGUCUCCUGAUGGCCUACGGAUCGUAGCGUCCGGCGACGGGAAGGGAAAAUCUUUCGUCCGUGCUUUCAUGUGGGAUUCAGGCAGUAAUGUUGGGGAGUUCGAUGGCCAUUCAAGGCGCGUAUUGAGCUGUGCAUUUAAGCCAACGAGGCCAUUUCGCAUCGUCACAUGUGGGGAAGAUUUCUUGGUAAACUUCUAUGAAGGACCACCGUUCAAAUUCAAGUUGUCUCAAAGGGAGCAUUCAAAUUUUGUCAACUGUGUAAGGUUUUCUCCCGAUGGCACUAAAUUUAUCACUGUGAGCUCAGACAAGAAGGGCAUAUUAUAUGAUGGAAAGACUGCAGAAAAGAUAGGAGAGUUGUCUAUGGAAGAUGGCCACAAAGGCAGUAUCUAUGCCGUUAGCUGGAGCCCUGAUAGUAAACAGGUUCUGACAGUUUCUGCCGACAAGACAGCAAAGAUAUGGGAGAUUUCUGAGGAUGGAAAUGGGAAGGUGAGGAAAACAUUGUCAUGCCCUGGCUCUGGUGGAGUGGAUGACAUGCUUGUCGGCUGUCUUUGGCAGAAUGACCAUCUUGUUACUGUUUCUCUUGGUGGCAUGAUUACUUUAUUCUCUGCAAGUGAUCCUGAUAAAGCACCGGUAGCUUUUUCGGGGCACAUGAAGAGCGUCAGUGCAUUAGCUGUACUUUCCCAGAGCAGCCAGAAAAGCAUCUUGUCCAGCAGCUAUGAUGGCUUGAUCGUGAGAUGGAUACAGGGCGUUGGAUACAGUGGCAAGCUAGAGAGGAAAGAUAGUUCUCAAAUUAAAUCCUUCGCUGCAGUCGAAGAAGAGCUUGUUACAUAUGCAUUUGACAAUAAGGUUAGGAGAAUUCCUUUGCAAGGGGAUCAAUGUGGAGAUGUAGAAACCAUUGACAUUGGCACUCAACCCAAGGACUUAAAUCUUACGCUUCAUUCUCCCGAACUUGCUUUGAUUUCAACUGAUACAGGAGUUGUUAUGCUUCGGGGAUCAAAAGUAGUGUCAACCAUCAACCUUGGGUAUGCUGUGACAGCAUCUGCAAUUGCUCCUGAUGGAAGUGAGGCCAUUGUGGGUGGGCAAGAUGGUAAGUUGCACAUAUAUUCUAUCUCAGGCGACACGCUUACAGAGGAGUCAGUCCUUGAGAAGCACAGGGGUGCUCUUACGGUUAUACGUUACUCCCCAGAUGCUUCCAUGUUUGCCUCAGGGGAUGUCAAUCGAGAAGCCGUUGUUUGGGACCGUGUCUCUCGAGAGGUUAAGCUUAAGAAUAUGUUGUACCACACGGCCCGCAUAAACUGCCUGGCUUGGUCCCCUGAUAACAGCAUGGUCGCCACUGGGUCGCUUGACACAUGUGUCAUCAUAUAUGAAAUCGGCAAGCCACCAUCAAACCGAAUAACUAUAAAAGGGGCCCACUUGGGUGGGGUCUAUGGAUUGGCAUUUUGUGAUGAGAGAAUCAUUGUGAGUUCAGGGGAGGAUGCGUGCGUGCGUGUUUGGAGAGUAACGCCACAGUAGUGUAGCUGACCACAACACCGCAAUGGGGUUUUGUUCAACAAAUAAGCGGUUUGAUAUCCAUGCAGUGUUUUUGUUUCAAGUUUAUUAAAAGGGGGGAAGUGAUUGGGUGCUUGUUGUUUAUUUCUUGUCUUAGUUGUUUUGAUCUAUUUAUAUUUUUCAUCACGCAGUGUUUGAGAUGAACAGAUAGGGUGUGCUUCAUUUGAUGGGUUGAGAUGAAAAUAGCCAUAGAAAUUGUUGAGGUA